GGCAGGACGAUGCUUUCAAAGGCUGCAGUCAACGUCGACAUCUGUAAAAUAAAAGUGUGUGACGCGGGACACGACACGGCGAACCAAGUCCCCCGAAGCGGCAGUACGGGUGGACCACCGACCCCCUUCAUGUAGCCCUCUCCUCCUCGUCCUAUCGGGGCUCGGGGCUCGAUUAGCACUGCCUGGGCUGAGGAGUCCGAGUCGCGCGACACCGCGUCCAGCGCGCAGCUGCGACUGCGCACGACCACAGUUGUGUUUUAGAGUAACCGAGCGGCGAAACGGACCGCGAGCACCACGGAGCGCGUCACCGGGGCGGUACGGCUACGGGUACGGCUUGACGGCUACGGGAGGAGGAGGAGGAGACGGGGGAGGAGCGGGGAAGCGAGCGGAGCCAGCUGGCUUGACUGGAGGGGGGGAAAGGAAAGGCCAUAGAUACAGCAACAACUGGACGAAAAAGUGAGUGGAGGCGCAUCAGAGGUCGGCGGAAGAGCCCGCAGGAUGGCCUCGGAGGAGCUCUACGAGUUCCCACAGGGUACGCCAGGGAACGCCAUUGGAUACUGCUUGCCCUUGGACAGAAAAUGGCUACCUGUCACCAUUAGUUUUGCCCAGCAGCCUGUGGAAAGAAUUGUGGACAAACGGAAAAAUAAGAAAGGGAAAAUGGAGUAUCUGGUGCGCUGGAGGGGCUACGGCUACGAAGGAGACACAUGGGAACCAGAGAUGCACCUCUCCAACUGCAUGGAGUUCAUCCAUGAGUUUAACCGUCUUCACAGUGAGCAGCAGAAGGAUGGUGGCCUUCUUCGGUCUACACGCAACUCCCCUGGCCACGGACCCGGCAACAACGCCCGCAAGCAGAUCUGCAGGCCUCAUCAGACACAGCAACAACCGCCAUUACAGCUGUCGCUCACUGGAAAUCCCACUACUGCCACCAAUGUGAUCCUGCCUGUCCAAAAACUUCGGCAACAGCAGCCGUCCCCUCUUGCUGUGCGGGAUGCCGAUGCCAAAAUGGACACAGAGCAGCUUCUCUCUAGCCAGAAAUACCGACGCGUCAGCAGUGUUGCCACUGGUGUGGCAGCAGCCCACACUGCUGGCACUGGGCGUCGGAGUGUAGAUUUGGCCAAGUCCGGCAUUAAGAUCUUGGUGCCCAAGAGCCCCAUGAAGAGCCGGACUGACUCAGAGGAGUCGCCCAGCGAGGCAGCCCACAGCCUUGAGCAGACAGGGCAGGAGCCUGACUCUGUGCCUCCAGAGGUGGCUUUGCUAGAGAAGCCCCCAGGGACUCUUCUGGGGCCUGGAGAUGAAAGGGCUCGGAUGGGGACACGGCCACGGACUCAGUCUAUAUUCCCCCCUCCACAGGUGCCCAUCACACCUGCUGCGGUGCGCUCCCUCAACGGGAAAGGUACGUCCACCUUCAUGGAAGCCCUACCGGCCAAUGGGACAGCCAGCUCUCAGAAUGCUGCCAGCGGGGCGUCGAGUGCAGCCAGCAAGCGCCGGUUCGAGGAGCGUACUGCCUUCGACAAGCGCCUGCGCUUCAGCGUCCGGCAAACAGAGAGCGCCUACCGCUACCGCGACAUCGUGGUGAAGAAGCAGGAUGGCUUCACGCACAUCCUGCUCUCCACAAAGUCAUCCGAGAACAACUCCCUCAACCCCGAUGUGAUGAAGGAGGUGCAGAGCGCCAUGAGCACCGCGGCAGCAGAUGACAGCAAACUGGUGCUGCUCAGUGCAGUCGGAAGCGUCUUCUGCUUUGGCCUCGACUUCAUUUACUUCAUCCGACGACUGACGGAUGACAGGAAGAAAGAGAGCAUCAAGAUGGCAGAAUGCAUCAGAACAUUUGUGAACACCUUCAUCCAGUUCAAGAAGCCCAUCAUCGUGGCGGUCAACGGGCCAGCAGUGGGUUUGGGAGCGUCCAUUCUGCCACUUUGCGACGUUGUCUGGGCCAAUGAGAAGGCCUGGUUCCAGACUCCCUACACCACCUUUGGCCAGACGCCCGAUGCCUGCUCGUCCCUCACCUUCCCCCGAGUAAUGGGCAUGGCUUCUGCCAGCGAGAUGCUGCUGAGCGGCCGCAAGCUGACGGCUCAGGAGGCGUGCUCCAAGGGUUUGGUCUCCCAGGUCUUCUGGCCCGGGACGUUCACUCAGGAGGUGAUGGUGCGCAUUAGGGAGCUAGUCUCUUGUAAUUCAGUUGUUCUGUGCGAGUCCAAAGCCCUGGUGCGCAACACCAGCAGGGUGGCGCUAGAGCAAGCCAACGACCAGGAGUGCGAGGCCCUGAAGAGGGUGUGGGGCUCACCGCAGGGCAUGGACUCCAUCCUCAAGUACCUGCAGAAGAAGAUCGACGAGUUCUAAACAUCCACGCCUGCAUCGCCAACUGCAGCAUCGGUAGCGCACGUCCGAGCUCUGCACACAGUUUUUCUGUGUGUGUGUGUGUGGUGUGUGUGUGUUUGCACAGAAGUUUAUCUGUGUAACAUGGGGAAGAAGUUUUUUUUCUCUCUCCCCUUUUGUUCGGAGUGACGGACUAAGCGAAAUAAAGAAUGCCUUACAAGGUGAACAAAACUACAGCACUGGGACUAGGACUGGCCUUCCCAGCAUGCUUUGCCUCUAAGUGUCUCCCAUCACCCCCUUGACUCCUUCCCUGUGCUUUAUGUGCGCUAAGAAUCUGGAGUACCAACACUGUUUAACCAUGUUUGUGGGUAGAAGGGAAGCAGAGGAAUGGCAAGGCAAAGCAGAAGUGUCGUACACUCCAUGUAGUUGGACAGGUUGGACUGCCGGAUGUCCUCGUUCUUGUUUGAGGACAAAUGAGCCUUACUGACACCAUGCGCACCUUCAGCUCGCCUGCUCAAAGUUCAGUUUUAAACGAUGCAGGAGAGGACUAUUUGGGGAUGAUUGGCUGACUCCCACAGCGGAGCCCAUCCCUUUUUGGACGUCCUCAUUAGCUCCUUGAGACCUGGGAAAACUUGUACACUUGACAAAACCAGUUAAAUCCACCUGGCAGUAUUACU